CGGACGAAAUUGGGAAAAAAUCAUUAAUCAUUAAACUACAGUGUGCCAAGUUACCUUUCCGUCUGGUGGUCAAGACAUACACAACCAUACCAUUUUAAAAAUAGAGAGGCUGCUCAUGUUUGACCCUUCUUGCAUUGCUGCAUUUACUACUCAAAAUUUCAUAGAAGUAGGAUCUUUGCCCGAAAAUGGCCUGAAAUGCUUCAAGGUCCCCAGCUGGGAAUUUUAUGUAGUUUUAUGUCUCUUACUGCUUGGCUGAUUGUUAUCUCACCAAUUGUGGUGCUUAUAAUGUGGGGAAGCUGGCUUACUGUAAUUUUGGGCCGGGACAUAAUUGGCUUAGCUGUGGUAAUGGGUGGUACUGCUAUUCUUUUAGCAUUCUACUCAAUCAUGCUAUGGUGGAGAACACAAUGGCAAAGCUCAAGUAUGUAUGAGUGUGUGAUAUCUCUUUGCAUUUUUGACACAAUCACGAUCCUUGUAUGAAUUUAAUGUUGAUAUAAUAUGGAUAUCUUUUCUCUUUUGUUUCUAAUGAUUUUUGCUUGCUGAUCACUGCAUUCUUGUAAUUCCAAAUAUAUUACCUCGUCAAGCACAAUCGUCUUUACUUAUCCUUUCUGGAUGUAAUUUCCAGAAUAUUUCUAUGUGAUUAUAUUGCUCUGUACGAAAUUGGGCUUUACAAAAAAUCCCACAUACACAUGAGCAUCUUGUAAGGCAUAACAUAAUAGGAAUAUGACUUCAAAUCUACAUUUUCUAAAUGCAGGAUCAAAGUACUCUGUUA